AUGAAUUAAAAUGAUGAUAUAACUAUCAAAUGCCCAAAUUCAGAGCAUACUAACAAUGUUAAAUUAGUAUGUUUUGAUGAAUCUUGUAAAGGAGAGAGAUUAUAUUGCAUUUAAUGUAUAAAAAAUGGAAUUCAUGUUUCUCAUCCUUAACAUUAAGAAGAAUUACCUAAAUUAUUUGAACAUAUUUAAAAAAUUGAUAAGGAAUGUGAGGAUUUAAUUAAUAAAAUGACUAAAUAAAUGGAUUUGCUAUAUCAAGACUUUUAUUUAUUAAUUGGAGGAAUAAGAUCCAAAUAUCAAAUAUCUAAAUAAUAAUUCUUGAACUUAAAUUCUUAAUAAAUGAAUUCUUACUUAAAGUAAAGUGUAAAUUUCAGAUCUUAUGAAUAAACAAUCAAUUACUAAGUAUAAUAAUAAACAAAUGAAUUCUAAUCUUAAAUAUAAAAGUUAUUGUCUGAAUUACAAUUAACUCAAUUAACUUAUUAUCAAAUAUCUAACUUAAAUCUUAUUAAAUCAGAAGAAUUAUAUUAAAAAGGUAUUAAAUUUAUAAUUUAGGAUAUAAACUAUAUUGGAAUGAUUAAAAAUUUGAUGAGGCUAUUAAAAUAUUAGAUUAAGCAUUAAGUUUAAAUUCAAAACAUUAAUCAUCAUUAUGGUGUAAAGGUAUGUUUAUAUUUUAAUGUAAUAGCUGACAGUUUAAGAAUGCUUGGUUAAUAUAAUGAAGCAAUCAUUUGGGCAGAUAAAGCUUUGUAAGUAGAUCCAAAGCAUUGCAAUUCAUUAAAUACUAAAGGUAUGAUUAUAUUUUAAUGUAAUAGCUGACAGUUUAAGAAUGCUUGGUUAAUAUAAUGAAGCAAUCAUUUGGGCAGAUAAAGCUUUGUAAGUAGAUCCAAAGCAUUGCAAUUCAUUAUUUACAAAAGGUAUGUUUAUAUUUUAAUGUAAUAGCGAGUAGUUUAAGAAUGCUUGGUUAAUAUAAUGAAGCAAUCAUUUGGGCAGAUAAAGCUUUGUAAGUAGAUCCAAAGCAUUGCAAUUCAUUAAAUACUAAAGGUAUGAUUAUAUUUUAAUGUAAUAGCUGACAGUUUAAGAAUGCUUGGUUAAUAUAAUGAAGCAAUCAUUUGGGCAGAUAAAGCUUUGUAAGUAGAUCCAAAGCAUUGCAAUUCAUUAUUUACAAAAGGUAUGUUUAUAUUUUAAUGUAAUAGCGAGUAGUUUAAGAAUGCUUGGUUAAUAUAAUGAAGCAAUCAUUUGGGCAGAUAAAGCUUUGUAAGUAGAUCCAAAGCAUUGCAAUUCAUUAAAUACUAAAGGUAUGAUUAUAUUUUAAUGUAAUAGCUGACAGUUUAAGAAUGCUUGGUUAAUAUAAUGAAGCAAUCAUUUGGGCAGAUAAAGCUUUGUAAGUAGAUCCAAAGCAUUGCAAUUCAUUAUUUACAAAAGGUAUGUUUAUAUUUUAAUGUAAUAGCGAGUAGUUUAAGAAUGCUUGGUUAAUAUAAUGAAGCAAUCAUUUGGGCAGAUAAAGCUUUGUAAGUAGAUCCAAAGCAUUGUUUAUCAUUAAAUACUAAAGGUAUGAUUAUAUUUUAAUGUAAUAGCUGACAGUUUAAGAAUGCUUGGUUAAUAUAAUGAAGCAAUCAUUUGGGCAGAUAAAGCUUUGUAAGUAGAUCCAAAGCAUUGCAAUUCAUUAUUUACAAAAGGUAUGUUUAUAUUUUAAUGUAAUAGCGAGUAGUUUAAGAAUGCUUGGUUAAUAUAAUGAAGCAAUCAUUUGGGCAGAUAAAGCUUUGUAAGUAGAUCCAAAGCAUUGCAAUUCAUUAAAUACUAAAGGUAUGAUUAUAUUUUAAUGUAAUAGCUGACAGUUUAAGAAUGCUUGGUUAAUAUAAUGAAGCAAUCAUUUGGGCAGAUAAAGCUUUGUAAGUAGAUCCAAAGGAUUGUUUUUCAUUAUAUACUAAAGGUACUCAUCAUGUUUUUUUAUUUAAAGGUGAUUCAUUAAGAUUAUUGAAGAAGUAUAAAGAAUCUAUGGAAGUGAUUGAUUUAUCUUUAUCAAUCAACCAAAAUCAUUAAAAUUCAUUAGAAUCAAAAGGUUGAUGUAUUUUAUAAUUGAUAGGUCAUUGUUUACAAGAUUAGAAUAAAUAUUAAGAAGCCUUAAUAUUUUAUGAAAAAGCAUUAAAAAUUAAUCCAAAUAAGUAAUGGACCAAAAAUAGAAAAGGUAUUAUAUAUCUUAAAUAAUCAGAUGAAUGUUUAAAAGCUUUAAAUCAAAAAUGA